CCAGCUCCGCCCAGUCCAGGGAUGUACCAGCUGGACAUUGUGCUGAAGAGAGGCAGUAAUCUGGCAAUUAGGGACAGAGUUGGGACAAGUGACCCAUAUGUCAAGUUCAAAAUAGCUGGAAAAGAAGUCUUCCGUAGCAAGAUUGUCUACAGGAACCUUAACCCAGUGUGGGAUGAGAGAGUUAGUCUCCUGGUAGAUAGUCUUCAGGAGCCUCUCUAUGUAAAAGUAUUUGAUUAUGACUUUGGCUUACAAGAUGACUUUAUGGGAUCUGCAUACUUGCACCUGGAGUCUUUGGAGCAUCACAGAAUGCUUGAUGUGGUCCUGAAUCUGGAGGACCCUCAGCAUCCAGAGCAGGACCUGGGCUCGCUGGACCUGUCUGUCACUCUUUCUCCAAAAGAUGGAGAGAACAGGGAUGCGACUAUGCUACUAAGAAGGAACUGGAAAAGAUCCAGUAAGGUAAUGAAUUUCAGAACUCAGAGCCUCAGGCUGUCAGACCUACACAGGAAGUCUCUGCUCUGGAGAGGCAUUGUGAGUAUCAGUCUUAUUGAGGGUCGUGACCUCAGUCCGAUGGACGAGAAUGGCUUCAGUGACCCCUAUGUCAAAUUCAGGCUCGGACACCAAAAGUACAAGAGCAAGACCAUGUCCAAAACUCUGAACCCUCAGUGGAGGGAGCAGUUUGACCUUCACCUGUACGAGGAGGAGGGCGGAGUCAUCUAUAUCUCAGUGUGGGACAGAGAUGUAGGAAGAAGAGAUGACUUCAUUGGCCGGUGUCAGUUGGACCUGUCCACCCUGGCAAAGGAGCAGACCCAUAAGGUUGAGCUGGAGUUGGAGGAGAAUAAAGGGAAACUGGUGUUACUGGUCACGCUCACUGCCACUACUGCCGUCUCCAUCUCUGACCUGUCAGUCACCCCCUUCGAUGACCCGUGUGAGCGCCAGCAGAUCCUCCAGAGAUAUAACCUGCUGCGGUCACUGCGGAGCCUGAAGGAUGUUGGGAUGGUUCAGAUUAAGGUGUUGCGGGCAGAGGGGCUCAUGGCUGCUGAUGUCACAGGCAAGAGCGACCCGUUUUGUGUGAUAGAGUUGGUUAACGAUCGUCUGCAGACACACACUGUCUACAAGACUUUGAACCCGGAGUGGAAUAAAGUCUUUACAUUUAACGUUAAAGACAUUCACGCCGUCCUUGAGGUCAGUGUUUACGAUGAAGACAAGUGCAGGAGUGUGGAUUUUCUGGGAAAAGUUGCCAUCCCUUUAUUACAGGCACGCAGCGGCCAACAGAAGGCCUACGUCUUGAAAAACAAGGAGCUGACGGGGCCAACAAAGGGGGUCAUCUUCCUUGAAACAGAUGUCAUUUUCAACCCUGUGAGAGCUAGCCUGAGGACCUUUGUCCCUGCAGAACAGAAGUUUAUUGAGGAAGAAGUCAAAGUGUCUAAACAGCUGCUGCAGCGGAACUUCAGCCGCGUUCGCCACUGUGUCACCUUCCUCAUUAAUGUGGGCACAUACAUCAACAGCUGCUUUGAGUGGGAAUCUCCACCGAGAAGCAUUUGUGCUUUCCUGAUCUUUGUGCUGGUCGUGUGGAACUUUGAGCUGUACAUGAUCCCGCUGUCUCUGCUGCUGCUGCUGACAUGGAACCACUGCCGCCUGGUCUCGGGGGGGCCUACAGACGACACCGGCAAGGUCAUGGAGGCUCUGUCGCAGGACGAAGACGAGGAUUUAGACAAAGACGACAAGGACUCAGAGAAGAUGGGCUUUAUGGACAAGCUGUAUGCCAUCCAGGACGUGUGUAUCAGCGUGCAGAGCGGGCUGGAUGAAGUGGCAUCGUAUGGAGAGAGGAUCAAGAAUACUUUUAAUUGGACUGUGCCUUUCCUUAGCUGGUUAAUCGUUUUAACGCUGUCAGUGGCUACUCUGCUACUCUUCUUCAUUCCUGUCAGAUACAUCGUGUUGCUGUGGGGCGUCAACAAAUUCACGAAGAAGCUGAGAAACCCGUACAUGAUAGACAACAACGAGCUGCUGGACUUUCUCUCCAGGGUUCCGUCCGACGUGCAGCUGGUUCAAUAUAAAGAGCUGAAACUGGAACCAGGCCAGAGUCCGAACAAGAGAAAACGAAACAACCCCUGCUAAGUUUUAAUAACUAUU